AUGCAGGAGUCAUCGCGCAAGGGACGUGUCACCACCGCAAGAGUGCAAGUGCUCCAAGCAUACGCCGAGUUCAUCGCAACAGUGGACACGUCCAGCGGCUACAUCGAAGUGCCACCCGGCCUGGCAGACGUUGUGCCUCCAGCCCUUAGCGAGAGCAUCAUGAUUUGGGAGUGUUAUCUUUUGGUCCUGAAGAAGCUUGAUGCUCUCGGCGACUCAUUUGGCGUGGUGUUAAGCGGCUCUCCCGGGAUUGGGAAGUCCGCUUUCGCCCCCCUGCUUCUGCACCAUCUUGCCAAGAAAAAGGCGAAAGUGACUUACAGGUACCAAGACAUGUUCGAAGGGGACACAAUCGUUUACUUCGACUUUUCGGACUUGUCUGCAAUCCAAGUCAAGAUAGCCUCUGAAGGCACACAGGGCUGGCCAGCAAUCCGACGCCUGAGCAAGGACCGCUCCAUUUGGUGUGUUAAAGAUGGACGAGCCCCCGAGGCUCAGUUCCGGGGCGUCGGUCGCUACAUCGUGUUGUGCUCUUCCGACGUGGAUGACUACAAGGAGUUCUGCGAGGUCUGGCGGCUGCCCGACUGGUCGCUGCAAGAGAUGCAGGAGUGUCGCCGGCGCCUCUACCCGGAGGUGCCAGAGGAGACAAUGGAGAAACGUUCUCCAGCGGGGGGGCAGCCGGGGGGUCCAGGUUUCUCAGCGGGGGAGCUACUCGAAGUCGUUUUUAGAAUAGAGGCGUCGGUGCGGAGCAGAAGCGGGAGCGGAGAUGGACGAACAGGAAAUCCACAAGGCUUUUCAGGGCCCCUAGUCGACGACUCGGCGACAGCCCGAGCCGAACUGCUAGCCCGACGCGCGACGAAGCUAUUUCAGUCCUAUGUGAAGCCCAUGUAA